UUUAGGCUGGUUGCUGUGCGAACAAUAGGACGUCUUACCAAGGAUUGUGGACCCUUCUGAACAAUGCCUGGCUACUCGGUGAAACUGAAGGGAGAGGGGACCGACCCGAAGUACUGCUGUUCCUGUUGUACUCUGCUGCUGAAUGAGCCACGACAGACAUCCUGUGGACAUCGGUACUGUAAAUCAUGCCUGGAAGACCUGAAUCGGAAAUAUUCAUUUUCCUUCAGGGCCAACGAAGGGCCAUUUACAUGUAAGGUACGGUCUUGUGGCGAGAGCAUCAAUAUCAGAGAGAUAUUUCCAGAUAGGGCAAUUGAGAAGGAGAUUCAAAAGUUUGAAGUGUUCUGUGACAACAACGAUGAUGGUUGCACAUGGGAAGGACUCCUACAUCAACUUCAGGCUCACCGUGGUGAGUGUGAGUAUGAGAAGAUUGCCUGCAUCCACAAAGACUGCGGGGAGAGAAUCCCAAGAAAGGACCUUUCCAAACAUCUUACAGACACCUGUGCCUUACGACCUAGUGCCUGUCAGUGGUGUAAGGAAUCCCUCCCAUUCAAGGACAUUGCGAAACACCAGGAGUCGUGCCCCAUGGCCCCUGCCCGGUGUAAGUGGUGCGGUAAGAAGGGUCUGACUCGCUCACAGCUGCAGGACCAUCAACAUCCGCAGACUGGAGACUGUCCCAACAUGAAACUGCCGUGUCACUUCGAACCAGUCGGAUGUCAGGAGCAGCUGGAGAGGAAGCAACAUGGCGACCACCAAAAGAAAACCAUCACAGCUCAUCUCAACAUGGUUCUGGCCAUGCUCCUCCAACUGGCAACAAACGUGGAGGGGCUCCGAGAUGAGGACGUGGAGGCACGCGAGAAUAUGCGAGCUGCCAUUCCUCGACUGGACAAGACCCUCAAGGACCAAGUAAGCAAGAUUACUCAGUUAGAGCAGAGGAUUUCCGAUUACCAGUCCGAAGGGGCAACGGCGUCAGGAUCAAGCGGCUUGAAGGCACUGGAGAAUCGAGUGGAACAGAUUCGGGCAAAGGUUGAAGACGUGAUUAAGAAACUUGCAGCAUGGGAACCCAGAGUCGGCACGUUUGAAGGGAUCGUCGCCGUUCUCAAUCGUGAGAUCGAGAAGUGCAGCUCCCAGAUGGAGGCAUACGAACGACAACGUCGUCAGGACAGGGAGAUCAUCGAGACUCUGGAGAGGAAGGUUAGGUCUCUGGAAAGGAUCAUCGCCCUGAAGGACGUUGCCCUCGCGGAACAAGACCUCCGAAUCCAGACCCUCGAAUUGACCAGCUACGAUGGCAUCCUGACAUGGAAAAUUGCAGACUUUACACGUAAGCGUCACGACGCCAUCACGGGAAAGACGGCAAGUUUCUACUCGCCAUGUUUCUUCACCAGCCGUACAGGGUACAAGAUGUGCGCCCGGAUCUACCUGAACGGAGACGGGAUGGGGAAGGGCACUCAUGUCAGCCUGUUUUUCGUCGUCAUGAGGGGGCACUACGAUGGACUUCUGCGCUGGCCUUUCAGGCAAAAGGUAACCUUCAUGCUUUUGGACCAGAACAACCGAGAACACGUGAUCGACGCGUUCCGUCCUGACCCGACCAGCUCGUCCUUCCAGCGGCCCACCAGUGACAUGAACAUCGCCAGUGGAUGUCCGCUCUUCGUGCCGCUCAGUCAACUAGACAGCAGCAGCCACGCCUAUGUUAGGGACGACACAAUGUUCCUAAGGGUCAUAGUAGACACCGCUGAUCUCAACUGAAAUUAUUCAUAUUUGUUGAAGUGGUUGGCUUACAAAUGAAGUGGGUUCUUGUGACGCAAUCGACAGAAUGUUCGAUCCAUAAUCCAUAGGUUCGAAUCCGUUGUUGUGUCAACGAUCUUGUGCCCAGGGGAAAGGCACUUUACACGACUUUCCUCACUUCACUCAUGUGAAAAUGAGUGCCUAGCUGUGGUUAGGGACGUCCCUCGGAUAGGACGUUAAA